AUGUUUCCUUUGUCGCCCAUCAAACCAUCAGGAGCAGUACAUUUUAGUCUCUGUGAUCUUUUCAUCAAGCUCAGAAACAUCUUUGCUGGCUCUGCUGGGAAGAUUGCAGAGUUCUAUAAGGACUGGGCUGUAGGAACCGAGAAGUUGUCUGAACAGCAGGUUAUAGGGGAAGUUUCCACAUCAUGUCCUGCUUGUCCUGAGGCUAAUUCAGUAAAUGCCAACGACAAGCAGUUCAUGAUGAUGGAUGAAAACUUCCGCUUAAAGGGUACCAAAUCGUUGGCUCAGGAUAACGAAUUAUCCAAGAUUUCUAGUCUUAGUGGGUAUAAGACCAUGUGGAUGGAUCAAUCCCUGAUCAAACGGUUUGACAAGUCUGAGCAGUCCGGAAAGGCCACCAAGAGCAUUACCAAGAACACCACCGCCACCACCACGAAGAAUAUCACUGCCAAGGAGACCCCCGCCGACAAGGGCCUGCCCGUCAAGGCCACGGUGGGAGAGCCACGUACAUUUCAAGCCCUGGUGCACCAGAACCGCACCUCGGCUAUCUAUCCUGUUCGAGGUAUCUUUGGCAGUGGCUGUGCAAGACACGAUACU